AUGGCUGGAGCAUCAUUAUUCUUAGGGAUGACUAAUGAAGAUGUUAAAAGACAACUCGGACUUUAAUUAUUUGAUAAAACACCUGCAGAGUGUGGAAAAUUCAUGGACAAACAUCUUGAGGGAGCAAUUAAUUAACUCGAUGUUGGCAUUAAAGAAAUUGAAGCAAGAUAUCCUGGGAUUCAGAAACCAAACAUGAGUUAUGGAUUAAGAGGGACUAGAUACUACAUCGAAUUUCCAAUUACUGGAAGGAAUAUAGACGCUUUUAGCAUUCUGACUAAAACCUAAUAACUUCUUAAGUCAUCAGAGAAUGAUUGUGGAUCAAGAGUCAUAUCAACAGAUAGCUUUAUUCAGGGUGAAAAUAUUUCAUACCUGAUUGAUUAUGCAGUUAACUCUACAACAGCCCUUGGUUCAAAAAGCAAAGGAAGUAUCUAUAUCAGAGGAAUAAAAGAAGAAGGGGGCUUUGACUCUUAUAAAUUUAUUCUAGAAAAAGGAUUUGACUUCCAUGAUCUUGACAUUAAGUUAAUUCUCAAAGCUUAUGAAGAGGCAUUCAAACCAAAACAAAAUCAAAUUGAGUAUAACCAAAGAUAGUAACAAGAUGAUUCGAUAAAGAGACCAAUUAGACAGAGAGGCUAGAGUCCUUAGCAAUAAAAUCAAGGAUAUUUAGCAGGACUUGUCGGCAACUAGAAUUAAUAACAGUAAGAGGACACUAGUCCUUAAGCAUCCCUUCAAAAGCUUGGAUGUACAUUGUUCCUCCCAGAUCAAAGAAAUAAUAAGCUUGAUUGGGAUUAUCUAGCUGGAUAUGAUAAAGUAAAGAGAGAUAUUGAGGAUACUGUACUACUAGCACUAACUCAUGGUCAUGUUUAUGAUCAAAUCACUUAGAAGACAAGAAUGAAGAAUGAAACGAAUAGACCAAAGUGUGUUCUCUUUGAGGGUCCUCCAGGUUGUGGUAAAACCACCUCAGCUAAGAUCAUCUCUUAGCAAGUCAAUAUCCCUCUGGUGUACAUGCCAUUAGAGGCUAUCAUGUCUAAGUACUAUGGUGAAAGUGAGUCUAGACUUGCUGAGAUUUUUGAAGCAGCUGCAGCAAUGGGUUCAGUUAUUCUUUUCAUUGAUGAAAUUGAUUCCUUAGCCACUUCAAGAGAAUCUGGUCUUCACGAAGCAACAAGAAGAAUUCUUUCUACAUUAUUGAGAAAGAUUGACAGUUUUGAAUCAGAUGGAGAAGUUCUAGUAAUCUGUGCAACUAACAGAAAGAAGGAUCUUGACCCAGCACUCAUCUCUAGACUUGAUUUAAACAUUAAAUUUAACUUGCCAGACGCAAGUACUAGAGCUCUUAUUUUCUAAAGAUACGCAAAGUAACUCUCUGAAGAACAGCUAAAGGAGCUUGGAGAACUAACUAUUAACCUUUCUGGAAGAGAUAUUAGUGAUAUUUGCAAAGAUGCUGAGAGAAAAUGGGCUUCAAAAUAUAUAAGAAAAGAAGUAUCAUCUCUGAUACCUGAGAUCUCGGUUUACAUUGAAAGUGCUAAGCAUAGACUAGAGUCGAUGCAAGAUUCUAAUCUCAGAAUGGACAAAAAUGUUGGAGAUUUCCAUUUUCCUAACUAGCCCUACCCUCCAAGACCUACUGCUUAUGGAAGUGCUUGA